ACAAUCAGAGUCAUUUUUCAUUCGCCCUGUCUGUGCACACGAUGUCUUAAAUGAAAUUGACAAAUUUGACAUUCGUAAAUCCAUUGGUUAUGACGGUAUUCACCCACAACUUGUGAAAGUGGCUGCUGAAUAUAUUGCCGAACCAAUCGCCUAUAUUAUAAAUUGUUCCUUGUCGAAAGGCGUAUUCCCUGACAAACUGAAAAAAGCACGGGUGACUCCCAUUUUCAAGAAAGGGUGUGCUUAUGAAGUUGGAAACUACAGCCGAUCUCCGUUUUACCUGUCUCAGCAAACUAUUCGAAUCAUUCGCAAUAAACAGUUGUGUGCCUUUAUGGACAAAUUUAAAAUUCUUUCAGAAAAUCAGUACGGGUUCCGAAAGCAAUAUAGCUCGCUUUAG